AUGGCGACCAGCGAUCGAUGGCCGGGACUAUCUGAGCUGACCCAGCUGCCGGUGCAGGCUGGGCUGAGCUCCAAUACCAAGCAGCCCGUGAUGUAUCUGCUUCCACUGGCCGGCGCGGCGCGAUUGUUUCAGUGGAAUUCGGCGAUUGUGCUGGUGGUCAACCUGGUCGCAAUCGUUUUUCUAUCAGACAUCAUUUCUUCUACGUCGGAUGAGCUAGCGGACUCGUUAGGCCAUUUGCAGGGUGCUCUGAUAGGUGCGACACUGGGAAACACUGUUGAGUUGACCUCUGGUAUCCUCGCUCUGUUGCAUGGUGACAUUAUCUUUGCACAGUCUGUGAUGGUCGGUAGCAUCUUAUCAGAUAUUCUUCUGAUCUUCGGCUUUUGCCUUGUCACGGCCUCCUACAACAAACAGAUCCUUGAGUUCAAUGGCCAUAUGGCCAAGACUCUAUCAUCACUUAUGAUGAUCACCGCAGUGACAAUGCUUCUUCCGACUGCUUUGUACUCCACAUUCCCGGUGUCUCAAAUUGAUGACAGUGUCUUGUCCUUUUCCCGCGGCACCUCUUUCGUUCUAUUUUUACUCUACGGGGGUUAUCUGUACUUCCACAUGGGAAGCCACAAGCAUCUCUUCAUUAAAGAGGACGAUUACGCUCGGACGAGCGAAGAAGACAGCUCUGAGCACGCCAAAUCACAGCAAAUACAGUCUGAUACCAGCAUCUUCGCCCCAUCCAUGCGACUCGCCGCCGCAGUCGCAGCCACCGUCUUCUGCACAGAGCUGAUCUUCGAAGGCGUAGACGACAUGAUAGCGUCCAUGGGCUUCAGCCGUGUCUUCAUUGCAGUCAUUCUCAUCCCGAUCGCGAGUAACAGCACGGAAGGCACGGCAGUCAUUGCUUCAGCGCUCAGCGGUGACACCGAUUCUGCGAUUCGCGUGAUUGUGGACAGUCUCCUCCAAAUCGGUCUCUUUGUCAUUCCUUUGCUGGUCAUGAUUGGAUGGUUUAUACACGAGCCGAUGACUCUUUAUUAUGACCCGUUUCAAUCUGGUGUCAUGUUCUUGGCUGUGCUGGUCGUCAAUCAUCUUCUUCGGGAUGGACAGUAUGCGUAUAUUCAUGGCGCGAUGUUGAUUGCAUUGUAUGGCAGCCUGGUAGUCGCUUUCUAUGCGCGCUAG